AUGCAAGAUUUAGAUACACCAAAAGAGGUUCCCCAGGCAAUACGGCAAGCUAAUACUGAUGAAGAAGCUAACAUUGAAAAUGGUAAUGAACUGCAACAACAACAACAACGAGAACAACAACAACAGGAACCUGAAAAUCACACAAACGAAAUAAUAACAAAUUCUAAUAACUCAACUGAUCUGACAUUUUCAGACACCGAAGAUGACUAUAUGUUAAGUGAUGAUGAAGAAUUGAAUAGAAUUCUAAGUCGUGAGACAAGUAAUCAUCAUCAUCAUGGUCUACCGAGUUCUGGUAGUAUGGUAGAUCAUGCCCAAUUUUUCGCCGAAGCAUUAUCUCAUGCAUUAGAUUCAAUUGAUAUUGAUCGAUCUUUAGUUUUACAAGCACAAAUCAGUGGCAAAUUAAAUAAUGAAAAUCAAAAAAUAAUUGAGAAAAAGGAAAUUUUAAUUGAAAAAUUGAAAAAUAUUCAAUUAAUGUAUGGGAAAAAUUUCGGAUUAUUGGCAGAUGGUAAAGAAAGUAGAGUUGACAAAAUGAAAAAGGAUAUAUCAUUUAUUGAAAAUAGAAUAACUAAAUUAAUGCAUGGUGGAUCAGAAACUAAAUCGUCAAUUCCAUUUUUCAAAAAUAAAUCUAAUAUGGGAGUUGAACAAAAAUAUCCAAUUGAGUUUAAUCAAGCUAAAGAUAAAGUCAUAGAACGACAAAUAGAUGAUGAUGAUGAUAACGAGGAGAUAGAUUUUUAA